AUGAUCCAGUUCGUCAUAUUCUCCAUUUUGUUGGCCGCAAGCACUGCCACCCCAGGAAAUCUGGGACUAGGCUAUGGUGCAGGAUUUGGAGGCGCAGGAAUCGUUGGAGCAGGACUUGGAGGAGGCGCAGGAAGGUAUGGAGGAGUAAACGCCGCGAACCAGGUAUCUGUAGCUGCAGUUGCGACUCCAUUUGUAGCAGCUGUACCUGUAACUCCCGUAGCCGCUGCUCCAGCACCCGUGGCGACCAGUUCUCAAGCCAGAGUUGACGUAGUUCAUCCCACUCAAGUGGUCACCCGAGUAACCGCUGCUGUACCUGUAGCUCCUGUAGCUAUAGCUGUUGGUGGGUAUGGAGGCACAGGGGGAAAUGGUGGAGCUGGAAGUCUUGGAGUUCUUGGUGGAUAUGGAGGUGUAGGUGGUUAUGGAGGAGCUGCUGGAUACGGAGGUGCAAGUGGUUUUGUAGGACAGGGUGGAGCCGGUGGCUAUGGAGGACAGGCUGGAGCAGGUGGUUAUGGAGGACAGGCUGGAGCCGGUGGAUAUGGUGGACGCGGUUACUAA